AUGGUGAACACAGUGAAUGUAAUUUGGUCACUGGUUAGUUGGGUAGUGAAACUAGCUGGUUUGAUGCUCUACACAGUUGAGAUAGAACCAGGCACAGUAAUGAGAUUUUGGGUUCCUUCUAACACCAUUUCAAAAUCCAACAAACCUAUUUCCAAACCUACUAAACCAGUAGUUGUUCUUCUGCAUGGCUUCUGCGGCGACGGACUUGCAACAUGGCAGUUCCAACUCACCCCUCUAGCCAAAAACUACGACGUUUAUGUUCCAGACUUAAUUUUCUUCGGUGGAUCCAUAACCGAUAAGCCAGACCGGUCACUGGCUUUUCAAGCGGAGUGUGUGGCGGCCGGGUUAAAGAAACUCGGCGUGGAGAAGUGUGUGGUGGUUGGAUUCAGUUAUGGUGGAAUGGUGGCGUUUAAAAUGGCUGAGAUGUAUCAUGAAUUGGUGCAAGCGGUGGUUGUAACUGGUUCAGUUUUGGCAAUUUCGGAGUGUAUGAUUAGUAAGGCAGUGGAAGAUGCUGGAUUUUCUUCUUGCUCGGAAAUGCUGAUGCCGUCUUCUAUAGAUGGAGUGAGGGCUCUUCUUUCUGUUGGUUUCUACAAAAACAUUAUGUUUCCCAAUCGUCUGCUAAGUGAUUUUAUUGAGGUGAUGUUCUCAAAUAGGAAAGAGAGAGGUGAAUUAUUAGAGGCCUUAGUCAAUAGUUACAAAGACAUCAACAUCCCGAAAUUUCCGCAGCAAAUAUUUCUUUUAUGGGGUGAGAAAGACAAACUUUUCAAACCAGAGGUUGCACAAAAGAUGAUAGGUAAGCUUGGAAAUAAAGCAACAUUUCAAGAGAUAGAGGAGGCUGGUCACUUGGCUCACUUGGAGAGACCAAGUAUUUAUAAUAGGUGCCUUAAACGGUUUCUUUCUUCAGUUAUGCAUGGCGAAAGAAAAUAA